AUGGAGACAGAUAACAAUGAGACCCUCGCUUUCUACCCUGCGUUCUGCUUCAAGGCGUCACCAACGCACUUCACCUGGGUGAAGAUCGGUGCUGCAGACGUGCAUCGUCUUCGAAAAAUUGGAAGCUUCGUUGGCCAAAAAGUAUUCUUCUAUAACAACCAUCCAAUCCGCUUCGUCAACAUAUUGGGCCUGAUUGUAGAACGAAAAGAGAUCUAUCAGCGCACAAUCUUGACCUUUGACGACAGCAGCGGCGCCAUGGUCGAGGUCAUAGUACUUCACAAACUUGACCCAAACAACAGACCCGGUGCCAACCCAGAGGUCCAAAAGCAUGACGAUCAAAGUCAAAUCAACAUUUUCACUGGCAAACCCAUAGACGCCGACCAAACACCUUGGUCCGCAUUCUCAGUCACAGAGCGACCCAUGCAGUUGAAAAAGACGGUCCAUAUCACCGCCACAGACCAGCACGAGGUAGAUAUCUCUUCGCUCCAGCCUGGGACUCUGGUCCGGGUCAAAGGCAUUCUCGGAACAUUCCGCAACACCAUGCAAAUUCACCUUGAGCGUUUUGAGCGCGUGGCAGAUACGAAUGCCGAAAUGCAGUUCUUGGAUGAACGCUUGCGCUUUCUUCUCGAGGUUCUUUCUGUGCCGUGGGUUCUAACCGAUGAUGAGAUCGAGUCACUGCGUCAAGCUGCUGAGAGAGGCGAUGAGAAAGUCCUUGAGGAAAAGAGACGAGCCGAAAGAAGGGCAAGGAAGAGGGUCGAGCGUGAAGAGAAAGAUGCCCGUGCUAUCGCGAGACGGUAUGAGCGCGAGGAAAGAGCAAGAGAGCGACAGCUUGGCCCACUGAGAGAAGAUGGACAAUCGGUCAUGAGAAAAUUUGGUUUCUAG